AUGGGGCUGUUUGAUCGAGGUGUUCAAAUGCUUUUAACCACCGUUGGUGCUUUCGCUGCCUUCAGUCUGAUGACCAUAGCUGUGGGAACCGACUAUUGGCUCUACUCCAGAGGGGUUUGCAAGAGCAAAAGUGUCAGUGAGAAUGAAACCAGCAAAAAGAACGAGGAAGUUAUGACCCAUUCUGGAUUAUGGAGAACCUGCUGCCUAGAAGGGAACUUCAAAGGUCUCUGCAAGCAAAUUGAUCACUUCCCAGAGGAUACAGAUUACGAAGCUGACACAGCAGAAUAUUUCCUCCGGGCCGUGAGGGCCUCAAGCAUCUUCCCGAUCCUGAGCGUGAUUCUACUUUUCAUGGGUGGACUCUGCAUCGCAGCCAGCGAGUUCUACAAGACUCGACAUAACAUCAUCCUGAGUGCUGGCAUCUUCUUCGUGUCUGCAGGUCUGAGUAACAUCAUUGGCAUCAUAGUGUACAUAUCUGCCAAUGCCGGAGACCCCUCCAAGAGCGACUCCAAAAAGAAUAGUUACUCGUAUGGCUGGUCCUUCUACUUCGGGGCCCUGUCCUUCAUCAUCGCCGAGAUGGUCGGUGUGCUGGCCGUGCACAUGUUUAUCGACCGGCACAAACAGCUGCGGGCCACGGCCCGCGCCACGGACUACCUCCAGGCCUCCGCCAUCACCCGCAUCCCCAGCUACCGCUACCGCUAUCAGCGCCGCAGCCGCUCCAGCUCCCGCUCCACCGAGCCCUCUCACUCCAGGGACGCCUCCCCCGUGGGCCUCAAGGGCUUCAACACCCUGCCGUCCACGGAGAUCUCUAUGUACACCCUCAGCAGGGACCCCCUGAAGGCCACCACCACGCCCACCGCCACCUACAACUCCGACAGGGAUAACAGCUUCCUCCAAGUUCACAACUGUAUCCAGAAGGAGAACAAAGACUCUCUCCACUCCAACACAGCCAACCGCCGGACCACCCCCGUAUGA